GAAGAACCUUUUUAUGGGAACAAGUCAAGUCACAUUGAACCUUUCUUCAUCCACCUCCUCCUCCCAUCUCUCUCUCCAGAAACUCAAAACGCGGAUUUUUUUGUGUCCCAUUUCAGCCGUGUUUUUCUAUUCCUGACUCCAUCUAUUUUCAGUUUCCCGUUCCUAGUUUCACCUGAAAAUUCCCAAACAACGCAAACCCAUACCUGCAUUUGCUCAUCAAUUUCCAUUUCCAUCGUUUUGCUCUUCAUUUGGUAAUGGCAGGAGUUUCUUCUACUUCAUCUUCUUCAGAGGGUCUGCUAGUCCGAUGCCCGAGGUGUGGAAAUAUCCUCCCCGAGUUUCUUGACCUUCCUCUCUACCAGUGUGGGGGUUGCGGCGCCGUUCUCCGAGAUAUUGCAGCAAAGAGGAAAGGGCUUGUGGAGGAUGGAUUGUCAGGUAAAUCAGGCGAUGGAGCUGGUAGGGUAGUGUUUGGUAAAGCCACCAUUGCAGUGAAAUUAGACAAUGCUUAUGAAACUGAUGAAAGGAGAAAUGGUGGUUUGGAAGCAAAUAUGACUUUAGAGUUGCAUAACCCCUCAUCUCUAAGGAAUAGGAAUGGAGUUGAUUCGGCGGAUUCAAUUGGGGUUGGAAAGAGGGAAAGGGUAUCGGCUCGUACUAGGUUUCGUCAACCUAUAAGUGAUAGGUCAAUCUAUAGAGAUGAGUAUGAGUUGUCUAAGAACAGGCUAGAACGAGGCGGCAAAAGGAAUGUGCCUUUGGAUUCUUAUGGCUAUAUACCCAUGGAGGCAUCUCCACAAUAUGAUCCCUAUAGGAAAAACUAUGAUGGCUAUGGUAGAGAUGUUGGUCUGGAGUACGACAAGGCCAAGCUACUCCGGAAGAUUGGCGAGCUAAAUGACCAACUCGGAAGAAUGUGUGAAGUAGCUGAGAGUCCUAAUCAAGAAGGGACAGUUUCUUACCGUGGCCGUGAUGUGUAUAGGCAGGGCUUGUUUGGUGUGAAUAAAAAACCUCUUGGUCAAGGUCGCCAUGCCCUAGGAGGACAUCCACAUAUCACACAGCCUUGUCAACAUCCUCCACAAAUGUGUUAUCAUAGUGGAUGCCAUGAUCCAUAUAUGGACUUAAACACAUAUCCAUUGCGACAAAACCCCCAAAACCACUACCACCAAAACCGGGAAGCUCAUCAGGUGGUCCCACCUCCAGAGUGUGGCAUCCAAAGAUCACAUGUGCUAAAAUGUGCUGAUGAUUGGUUAUAUAAUCAACAGCGGCGUCCAAGAAGUUCUCAAGCAGAAAAGACUGAUCUCGGUCGUCCAAAAAAGGUGAUCAUUGCUAUAUCAGGUGGUGCUCCUUUCAUAACUUGCUGCCAGUGCAAAGAAAUAUUAAGACUGCCUGUGAAACUCAGGACGAUGGGGAAGAACCGGAACAAAAUGAGGUGUGAAUCUUGUUCUUCCAUCAUUGUAUAUGAACUUGGUGGUAAGGGAAUCAUUUCAUCAUCUCCCAGGAAAAUGGGAAAAGACUAUUCUCUCCCUGUGGAGUUUCCCAACACAAAUGAUUCAGAUGAUGCGGCCAGCAGAUAUGAUAAUGUCACUAAAUGGUCCCAUGAGCAAAAAGAGAAACAGAGCUCUGUGAAAGAUGAACCUGAAAUGGAUAUAUCAAUGAAUGAAUCUGAAAACAGUAGAGUGUCUGUUGAAUCCUUUGAAGUGAGUAAGGACUAUGAUCAAUUAAAUGAUCAAAAUGGCAGUGAAUCCUUUCAAGAAGACAUAAAAGGAAGUAUUGUUGAAUUAUCCAGUUCCGGAAUGUCUAGUCAGAUUUUAGAAGACAGAAGAUCAAAUGUGUUUGUUAAUGGACAACUCAUUCCAGCUCCGGAAGUUAAAAGGGCAGAAAAAUUAGCUGGACCUAUUCAGCUAGGCAAGUACUGGUAUGAUGUGAGAGCCGGCUUUUGGGGAGUAAUAGGCCAUCCUUGCCUUGGAAUCAUUCCGCCAAAUAUUGAGGAGUUCAAUUAUCCCAUGCCAAAACAUUGUGCUGCUGGAAAUACUGGAGUCUUUGUGAAUGGGCGAGAACUUCAUGAAACAGAUCUAAAUAUUCUUGUUAGCCGAGGCCUUCCCAUCACAGAAAACAAGUCAUAUCUCAUUGAGAUAUCUGGAAAAGUUGUGGAUGAACAAACCGGUCAAGAACUAGAUAGUCUUGGCAAACUUGCGCCCACCGUUGAACGAGUACGAUGUGGAUUUGGCAUGAAAGUUCCGAAAUGGAUUGAGGAGCAAUCUGAUUAGCCGAGGCUGCUGUAGUUGGAAUAAUCAAUGUGCUGCCACUACUGACUUGGACCAUGAUCUUCACACUGCAAAUACCUUAGCUCGGUCAUUUGUACUAUAUACUUUAGUCUAUUUCGAUGCUUCAUAAUGGUUGGUUUGUAUAGAUAAAUUUGUGACUGAAAUUGAGAUUGAGGAUUAGGAAGCAUUGUUCAGCCAUUGCAAUUUGCAAAUAUGAGAGGCACUCGUAAAUGUAAAUCUGCAAUUGCUUUGUAGUCUGUGGUAGGUAAGAAUAUUCUUGUACCACGAUAUUACUAACACGAAAACAUUACACACGAUUUUGGAUUUGAUAAAGAGGGUUUUACUGCUUAUAUAGAAUUAGUGGCACUUUAAAC